GAAUAAGGCCACAUGCUCUGUGGACUUUCUCUGACUCCAGCUCAGACUCUGUUCACUGUUCAGCGAGCCUACGAAUAGACGUUACAUAGCCAGGAAUACACGCGAAAUCUGUGUAUAUCAAGCACUGGAGGCACCGGGCGCUUCUCCAGCAAGCGCGGCGGGCCCCGCUUGCAAGAACUGAUGCCGUCGCCGUGACCUGUCGGGGCCUGCCCGAUCCUGCACAACCAUGGGCCACAGCAGGAGUAGAAGCAGGAGUCUGGGCCGCAGCCCGAAACGGCAGCGCAGGGACAGGGGGGGCAGCGGCAGCCCGCGGGGGCGGAGCCGCUCGCCAAACGGUGGUAGCCGGCGACAUUACAGUCGCAGCCCCAGCCGCAGUCGAUCCCCUGGAGGCGGCUUCGGCGGCCGCCCUGCUGGCUACUCGCCCUCAAGGGCGGGCGGGCUCCUCGGCCGAGGCCCGCCCGGAAGCGCGUUGGGCGCCGGCGGCGGCCGCGGGGGGCCAGGCGGAGGGCCAGCCGGUGGGCCGGGCGGUGGCGGGCCAGGCGGCGGCGGCGGCGGCGGCUCCAGUGGCGGCGUGUCGCCACCCGCUUGGGUGACCAAUGCGCGCCUGGCGCCUCAGGUCAAGCACUGCCUGGAGAACCUGUACGGCCGCGGCAAGCUGGGCGCCAGCGACCUGGAGUACGCCUGCGUGGAGUUCCUGGAGCUGCUGGGGCCGCAGGGCGGCAUGGCGGUGUUGGACGAGUUCGCCAGCCUGGACUUCUUCCGCAUACGCAACCUCACAGCCUUCUUCAUAGGAAUCUGCAAGCGGGUGCAGAACCGGGCGCCGCCGCCGCCGGGGCGCCUAGGCCGCGGCGGGCCCGAGGGCGGCUCGCCGCCGCCCAGCCUAGAGCGCGGUGCGGGCGGCGGCGGUGCGGGCGGGGCGGGUGCCGGCGGCGCCGGCCUGGGCAGCGGCGGCGGCAGCUUGCGCGGGCGAACCAUGGCGCGGGGCGGCGGCGGCGGGGCGGGGGGCGCGGGCGGGCGCAGCAGCCGCAGCCCGGGCAGUGCCGCGGGGAUGCGGCGCGCCAGCCCGCCGCUGCACUUCAUGCUCGACACCGCCGGCGACAGCCCGCCGCCUAGGCGCUGGGUCAGCAAGAGCCCGCCGCCGCGGAGCAGGUGGAUUAGCAAGAGCCCGCCGCCGCGCCGGUACGGCAGCAAGAGCCCGCCGCUCAAGCGCUGGGUCAGCCGCAGCCCGCCGCCGCGGCGCUGGAUAAGCAAGAGCCCGCCUCGGGGGCGGGUGGGCAGCAAGAGCCCUCCAAUGAAGCGCUGGGUUAGCCGUAGCCCGCCGCGCCGGCAGGGAAGCAAGAGCCCGCGGCGUGGCCGCAGCCGCAGCCGGAGCCCGCCCGAUGCCGGACAGCAGCCCGGCACCAGCCAUGGGCAACCGCACCACGCCUCCCACCUCCACAACCACCGCCACCGCAGCUCCUCGCCAUCGGCCCAACAGCAACAACACCCACACAUGCAGGCAGGUGGCGCUGCGACCGGGCAGGCCGACGGCGGCGCCGCCUCAGGCGCCUUCUCGCAAGCCGCUGCUGCCGCCGCGGCCGCGGUAGGCCAGCAGGCGCACCCGUACACGCACACGCACACGCACCGGCACCACCUGCCACACAGCGCCAGCGCAAACAACAUCAGCACCAGCAGCCGCACCUCGGCGUCGGCAGGUGGCGUGGGUGCGGCCGGCGGCGCCGCGGCGGCGGGCGGCGCCCAGUUCGAUACGGCCACGGCCGCCGCCGCCGGCGCAGGCGCUGGCGCUGCCUUGGGCGCCGUGAACGGGGGCGAGGGGCUGGCGGCUGGGUCAGGGCCCAGCAGGGGCGGCUCGCUGAUGUUGGAGCUGCCGGAUGGGCACGGCCUGGCGGCUGCGGCAGCGCCUGGCGUGGACGGGGCGGCGGCGGCGGCCCUGCCGCCGCUGCCGCCGCCUCCCGAGCCGGAGCCGGAGCCGGCGGAGGACUGGGCGCGGGUGGAGGCGGAGCUGCUGGGCGUGCCGGCGGCGCUGCUGGACGGCCGCAUCCUGGAGGCGGCGGCGGAGGCGCUGGAGGCGGCGGCGGCGGCCGCCGCGACGUGCAGCGUCAGGGCUGACGCGGCAGGCGGGCCAGGCGGCGCGUCUGCGGGCGGAGGCACGGGUGCUGAGGCUGGCGCUGCGGCAGGCGGCAACGGGCCUACAGCGGCAGGCGGGGACGCCUCUCCUGCGGCGCGGGGGGAUGCGCCGGGCGGCAGCGCAGCAGGGCCGGCUUCCCCAAUGCCGCAACCUGCGCGCGGCUGCUGCGGCGAGUCGGGGCUGCUCAGCGCCUCCGCGGCGCGCAUCACCGCGGCCGCAUGCAGCGGGACAGGGGCCGAGCGCUCGUCCGCAGCAGCAGCAGCAGCAGCAGCGGCUAGCUGCUACUGCCCCGAGCCGCCGCUUCCGGCGGCCGCCUGCCCCCUGGGCGGCUGGCUGUCACUGGAGCUGGGGGUGGGGCUGGACGCGGCGGCUGGGCGCGGCGGCUGGGCGGCGUCUGGCACCGGCACCGGGCCGCCGCUGCAGGGCGGCGGGGAGGAGGAGGAGGACGAGGGGGAGGAGGGGGAGGUGGCGCCGGCCGGCGGCGACCCGCUGCAGUUCGCGCGGCAGGUGUUGACGCGGGCGGCCAAGACGGACGCGGAUGCCGCGGCAGCUUUCGCGGCCGCCGCGGAGGAGGAGCAGCAAGCAUCGGCCGCCUUGGCUGCGGCGGCAGCUGGCUCGGACGAGGACGGCCCAGACAGCCUGCCCCCCUGGCUGCUGCGAGGCCUGCUGGCGACUGCGUUGGACACGGCGUCUGCGGCGGCUGCCGCCGCUGCGGCCGCCGCUCGGGAUGGCGGCGGCGGCACGGGCGCCGCACCAGCCUCUGUUCCAGCUGCUGCCGGCGUGGCCGCCUCACUCGCCGGCGCCUCCGGCGCAGCAUGCAACGGGGGCGCGCUGGCCGGCUCCGGUCCGUCGGGUGCCGUGGCUGCAGGCGGCGGCGGCGGUGGAUCAGGCGUGGGCCUGGGCACGCCGGCUGGCGGUGCGGGCCCCAGCGGCGCGGGCUUUGUCGGCGAGGGCGGGCUGCUGCGGCAGGCGGUGACGGAGCACGUGAAGGAGGCGCUGAAGCCGGCGUGGCGGGCCAACAGGCUGACGCGGGAGACGUUCAAGGCGGUGGCAAAGAAGGCAGUGGACAAGGUGCUGGACAUGCUGCCGGACGGCGGCGCGGGCGGCGCCUACGACACGCCCGGCGGCGUGGCGGCGUUCUUCGGGGACCCGGGCCGCCGCGACAGCAUCGCGCGCGUGGUGGAGUCGCUGCUGUCAUAGUGCUGGCAGCGCCGGUCGGGGUUGGAUUCGUGCGGCUUGGAGGACGGGGCUCAGCGAUCCCGCGCGUGUGAGAGGCUCCUAGUGUUGACAGGCCGCCAGGGAUUGCCGGUCGGCGUGCGUGCUCCUGCGGCGUUGAGGCAGGGUGUUAGGUUUUUUUUUCGGGGGGGGGGAUUGUGGGGCGCCUGGUCGUGUGCAUGUAUGGUGGGUGCGUCAUCAAAUGCGACUAAUUAGGCUGUCCAGCGGUGAUAGUUACACAGGGCGCCUGAUGCGGGGAUGAGUGGAUUGUCUGUGUUAGACAGCACAAGGAAAGACAACUACAUGCGAUGCAGCAACGCGACAGAACGGCAUUCGGAGACCUGACCUGUCACCUGACCUGGCGCACAUGGGAUUGGCUGUGUGUGUGCAAAAGGGCCCGCCCUACGCAAGGUGGAUGCGUGGUGCACGCGCUGUGAGCAUGUCAAAUGGGUCUACCUCGUGGCCGUGUGCGUAUGCAACGACCUCACAAUGUGCAACGACCUGUUCACCUGUGAAUGCGGCGCACUCCGGUACGCGCGCCAACAUCCCAAACCGCUUGUACGUCCCGCCUGCGAUAGUGUAAUUUACUGACCCG